CGCCAUACUGACCCUGGUGUUUUAAAACAACACGGUUUUUAUAAAAUCCUUUAAAAGACAAAAAUUAAGUCCAAGAGGAAAAAAAAAGGAUAACAUUUUAAAAUACGUUCAUGGUUUGGAUAAAAGACGAGAAACGAAAAGUGUUGAAUGUCAAGACAGGAAAAGAACAUGGCGGCAAAGAACAUCAUGAUGAGCUUCCAGUUGUACGAGGGGAACCGAACGGAUGAUAGUGUAUUGGAGGCCGUGAGGGCCAUACCAAGCCUGUGUAUGGAUGGAGAGUUAAACUGCAUGGAGAAUAGUUCCUCCUCAUUGGGUGGUUAUGUUUUGCUGUCGACCAAUCAGGAGGGAAGCCACGUGGUGGUUCAUUGCUAUGCCAAUGGUUUAAUAACAGUAGAUGUUCAACAUUUGAUGUCAGAGAAAAGUUCAGACACCCUCCAAGAUGAAAUAAAGGUAAGAUAA